CGAAACGCUGGGCUUGUCAAAAUUCAAAAGAGGAAUUGUCAAAGUCAGGUGUUAUAAUGUUAAUUGCUCUAUGUCAAACUGAAUGGGAACGAAAAUGCGAUUUAAAUAAUUCAAUUACUUUAGAUUUAAUAAUGUUUUUAUGAUUUAUUAAGUGUGGGAAAUAUUACAAGAUGUUCACUUUAAUGGGAGAGCGAGUCUUACAUAAGUGCCUCAAGAUUUUGAGGUUAACUGUGGCAGAUUUCAGCAACUUGCCUGAUAUAAAGAAAUUAAAUGCAGUUAGGACCGUGGAAAAGAUAAUAGACAACAAUACAAGCAUCUUUAUCGAGAGUCCUAUACAUGUUAAGAUUCAGCCGAUUGAUGUGGAUGACCUAAAAGCUCACAACAAACUGACCAUGACAUUGUACAGCCAAGGCAAAGAAACCAGCGACUUUCAAGUGAAACAGACAUCCAAGCGAUUGGAAUUACUUAACAAGAAUACCGCGUCCGAUAGGAACGACGUCUGCGUAAUUCAGGUACCAUACAAUCUAAAAGUCCAGGUUACAACAACAGAUUAUGCAUCAGUGCAUCUAGCCAAAUUGGAAGGACAAGAGUUUGUAGUUAAAACGCAAAAAGGAACAGUAAAUGUUUCUGAUCUGAAAGCAGAGAAUAUUGUUGUGGAGAGCAUUGAAGGUGAAGUGAAAUCUGAUGGGAGAUUACAAGCCGGCAACAUUGAUUUGAAAACCGGCCUCAACUCUGGCAUUACAUGUAACAAUAUCAUGGCCAAUGGUUUCAAUGUAACAACACAUGCUGGUUCUAUUGUUGUAAGGUCUUGUUACAGUGACAAGUCACAUUUCACCACAUUGAUGGGCAACUUGAAGCUAGACAGCCUGCACAGAUCUGUAAUGAUUGAUGUUAUACAGAAAGGUAAUCUGCACAUCACAGGCUUCUCAGGCAACUUGCAGGCUUCCUUGAAGAGUGGGGAUGUGUACAUGCAUGCUUCACAGUUUACAGACAAGAGCAGUAUUUUCAUACAUGAGAAAGGAAAAGUUCAGCUUCUGAUACCAGAUAUAUUGAAGAAUUUACCUGCUACCAACUUGAUAGCAGAAAAAAUAUUAGUUGAUGAAAAGAUAUUGAAGCUAGGCCGAUUUAUGGAUGACUCAUAUCCAAAGAGGUUCCGCUUUGAGAAAGAACCGCACCAUGAGUUGCAUGUAGUUUGUAAGAAUGGCUCAAUUGAGUUGAAGGAAACUGACUUACCAUUUUUUCUGUAGACAAUCUGUUUGAUAUGAAACAUGUACAUUAGAGUAUAUAUGAGUUUAUAUUGUGGAUCUUCAUGAAAGUGUUAGUUACUUUUUUAAAGAAGUUAAUGUUACUUUAUUAAAUGUAUUUUUAAUAUUGUGAUGUGUUGGUCAUUUGGUGAUAAUAAUAUAUUUAAAUAGCAAUCAUAUAGAAUUAGAUUUCAUUUCUGUAACUUUAGUUAUAU